AUGAAUGCAAAUGAUUUAGAUAAGUAAAUUGAGCUCCUGAAAAAUGGAGAGUUACUUAGAGAGAAUGAUAUUAAAAUACUCUGUGCAAGAGCAAGAGAAAUAUUUGUAGAAGAAAGUAACGUGUAAAGAAUUGAUUGUCCAGUGACGAUUUGUGGUGAUAUACAUGGAUAAUUCUAUGACUUACUCGAACUUUUUAAAGUUGGAGGAAACUGCCCUGACGUUAAUUAUUUAUUUUUAGGUGACUAUGUUAACAGAGGACACCACAGUAUAGAAAGCAUAUUGCUACUCUAUGCAUUAAAAGUGAAGUAUCCGGAUAGAAUAACACUUUUAAGGGGAAAUCAUGAAAGUAGAGUUGUAACUUAGGUUUUUGGGUUAUAUGAUGAAUGUUUAAGAAAAUAUGGAAGCUUAAAUGUUUGGAGGUAUAUUACAGAAACAUUUGAAUAUUUAACACUUUCUGCUCUUAUUGAUGAUAAAAUAUUUUGUGCACAUGGUGGUAUCGCUUCUGACAUAAAAAAUUUAGAUGAUAUUCGCUGCUUAGAUAGAGUCAAAGAAAUCCCUUCUUAAGGGGAAAUGUGCGAACUUUUAUGGAAUGAUCCUGAUGAAGAAAAUACUGGAUUUAAAGAGAAUUAAAGAGGAACAGGGAAAACUUUUGGAUAGGACGUAUUUAAAUCUUUUAUGCAUUAAAAUAAUUUGAAUAAAUUGGUUCGCGCUCAUUAAUUAGUUAUGGAAGGCUAUCGAUAGAUUUGGGAUAACAGCAGCUGUACUACAGUAUGGUCAGCACCAAAUUAUUGUUACAGAUGUGGAAACUUAGCAUCCUUAAUGGAAAUAAAAUCAGUAAGCAGCCCUCCUCAAUUCAAGACAUUCGAUGCAGUAGCUGAACAGCUCAAGGGCGCAGGCUAAAAGGUAUCUUCUAAUAUACCUGAUUAUUUUUUAUGA